AUGUGGCUUAAAAUUUUAUUUUUAAUUUAUUGUGUCAAAAAAAUUAGUGCUACGCGUUUAUUUGAUACAGAAUAUGUGCCCGAUGAAUCCGAUGUUACAUUUCAUCUUUAUCACAGUAGUGACUUCUCGGAAGAUGAUGAGUUAUUUAUAGAUAAUCCGAAAUCUAUUAAAACAUCCAAGUUUGAUCCAAAUAUUCCCACUAGAUUUAUUAUUCACGGCUGGACACAUAGUAGAGAUGUUCCUUGGAUUAUUGAACUAAGAGAAUUGAUGGCAUCUAGAAAUUACGGAAAUAUAAUUGUUGUUGAUUGGGGCAAAUUGGCACACUCGAUGUACGUAGAAACAAGGGAACACACCGUUCUAACAUCCAAACAGCUUGCACGGUUACUUAUUUUUCUGGCACGUGACCAAAAGAUCCACAUGUCUUCUGUCCACCUGAUAGGACAUAGCAUGGGUGGUCAGAUAUCAGCUUCAGCCGCUUAUCAAGUUCAGCAAGCUUUAGGUCAAAAAAUUGGCAGAAUUACUGGCUUGGAUCCCGCUUCUCCGUUAUUUGAAUGGCCCGAGCCUGAUAAUUUAAAUGAACUGCUGGAUUCAAGUGAUGCUUUGUUUGUCGAUGUUAUUCACACAAAUUCUGGUCAUUUGGGAAUGGUGAAGCCUGCUGGACAUGUGGAUUAUUAUCCCAAUGGUGGCGAUGAUCAACCUGGAUGUGGUUUUUGGGUAUGCAGUCACAUACGAGCAGUUGAAUACUUUACAGCUUCUAUACGUAAGCCUGAUUUGUUUAAAGCCUACCCAUACAGUUCGUGGGAGGAGUAUUUAGAAAGAGACACAGGAAACUUAAAUAAAAGAGUUGGUGUUCCCAUGGGAUGGGCGGCUAACCCAUCUAUACCAAUUGGAUGCUAUUAUUUUAAAACCCACGGCGAAGAACAAGAGUACAUCAUGACCAAAACAACUAUUGAGGAUAGCGAAGUGGAAUACUUAUAA